AUGACCGACCCCUACGUAGACAGGUCAGAGGCAUACAAGUCGUAUCGCCCCGUCAACAACCUCAUGUCCCCCGGCCUGAAACGCGCGCGCGAGCCUUUCCGCGUGCGCAACGCCGUCGUGGGCACCGCGCUCGUCGCCUUCGCCACCGGCGUGUGGGCGUACUCGAUCAGCGCGGUCAAGCAGGACGUGUUUGACGAUGUAGACGAGGAAGCGCGUGCGCUCGCGAGAGCCCGGGAGCGGAGCCUGGAGGAGCAGGAGGCGGAACGGAAGCUGACUGAGGCAGUCGCGAGCAGUUCCAAUGUUACAGCUGCGAAGGCACCUGCGGCUGGCAUUACAAGCCCGGUAGCGAACGCGGUGUCAGCGGCGGCAGCGGGGAGGGGGAUCUUGCCGCCAAUAGCUGAACGAUACUUUCCUCGCCUUCUGGAUCCGUCUACGAGGACGCUGGUGUGGGGGGCGCCAUCUGUGGAUAGCAUCGGCAAGUUGUCAGAUCGUUCUCGUCAUUGA